AUGCGAGAUCAGCACCGAGAUAAUUGUUCAAGACCUUCGCGCGAGAAGCUCUCUAUACCAGAAUCACCUGUUAAGGCUCAGGUCGAGAAGGCGGCGAAGAGACGGGGUAUCCAGAAAGAGCGCGCAACGUAUAAAGAGUUGGGUCCGCUGCAGAAUAACCCGUGGGCAGAGAUGCUCGCCAGUCCGAUUAGAUUCUGCCACGGCAGUGGCGCAAGACUGCCCGGGGACUUCUUGCUUGAAUUCGACUAUAUGCAGAAUCCAGUCGACGGCAAGAUCUAUCUUCUGCCCACGGAUAUCGCCGAUCUGGACGCGCUGGAAGAAAGGAUGUCCAAGCAGUUAUACAAAGAGGAUUGGAGGCGGGUGCGGGACGACAAGCGCGCUGGCAGAGCGGCGCGAGAUAAAGCAGCAACACCCACACCAGCACCUAAUGCAGACACAAAUGCAAUUGACUCGUCGCAAUUGAAUCAUCCAGCAGGCUCACGGUCGCCUCCAAGACGCCGGUCUGUGUUGACUCGUAUACUCGGCGAUGUCAAUUUGUUCCGUCUCCUGACACUCAACGUGACCAAGGGCGAGAAGAACAAACCGCAAGUCAGGUUUACGAAACUCGGGGAGGUUGCCAAACUCAUCCCAUGGGAGUCAAAGGAACCGGUCCUGAACAUACAGCACUACGCCCGUCACAAAAGCGAAGUCGAUCUCGCCACCGGCGUUCCCGAUCCCGAGCCGCCCGAACGUCUUCCUUUCAAUUUCAGAGGGCUGCAGUGGCAACCCGACUUGUACAUCCGCCUGGCACAAAUCAUGCGAAAGCGCGUGCUAGCCUGUUUUAAGGCGCUGGCCGAAUCGGCCAAAGAGAGAUCUGCUGGACGAAUACCGGUGAGAGUGGUGGCCUUGCCUCUUCCUCAGGCUGGGAGGCUCAACAGUGAUGAUCUUCGUCAUUUUCUAGCGGAAGCGUCGGUCUUCGACCGUCCGGCUUUAGAAAUAGGAGGACAGGGAGGAGAACGAGGCACGCGACCUUUGUCUGAUGAAAGGACAAGCUCUUCAACGGAAGCCGCAUCUACUACCUCUCUUCUACAGCCGGCGAUGUCCGGAAAAGGAUUCUUGCUGGGCCACCCGGACAUUUCCCCAGGAAGUAUCUUCCUGCACGUUGGCGACGGAGACCUGUCUUCGCUCCUGUACCAUCCAACAGACCCGGACACGCACAAUGCUCCAGGGACGUCGUCCUAUUCUCCAGCGUUUCCACCCCUUCCCUCUCACCGGAUGAUCCCGCCCAUGCUCAGUGUUGACGAUAUUUACCGCUUCCCUGUCUUCUCACUUCCACGACUGCUUGCCGACUCAGGUCCCUCGGCUUCCUUAGAUGACGCCGCUGCUCUUGACACCGUCAUGCAAAACUGCCCUGCUUUCCAAGCUCCCUUGCCGAACGAGGACGACUACCUCCUGCUCAUUCGCCCGGGCCCCGGUCCUGCGAAACAGCUCGUCAAAGAGAUCUGGCAACUGUGGCGGUAUCUUGAGGGCCAGCUUGCGGCCUCACCGGCGACGGACUGGAGCCUGGAGGGUGAAGACCAUGUCAAUGCGGGCAGACAAGAACACGAACAAGACGAUGCUGAAGACGAAGAUGCCCACAUGGACAAGCGGAGACGGCGAGACGUCGGUCUCUAG